AUGGCAGCCCCCUUCGCCCCUCCCAUUCGGCCAAGAUGGCGUCUGUAACUAUUACGGUGUGAGGCAGAGGCGGAGCUGCGGUGACAGGGAGCGAGCAGGGAGGCUCCGCGGGCAGAGCCGACUUCGCAGUGUGUCAGGGGGCCCAGCUCAUCACUGGGCCGUGCGGACUCACGGGACUUUCCUACUCACAGCGCGGGUGAGCCGGCCGGCCUGGAUGGACAUCAUCACUGCCCUGAGGUAACUGGAUUUCUUCAGGUCUCUUCACAACUGCCCCUGGGACAACUGGAUUCCAGCACAUCGCCUCACAACUGCCCCUGGGGUGUGUGGCCUCCUGCAGCUCCUGUUAUAAUUACCCCAAAGGUAGUCGGAACUUAAGAAGCCGGAACUGUGUGGAUCUGCCUCGCUGGUAACAGGCUGCUGGGCAGAAUGGAAUAAGUGGGCAGAGCUGGAGAGACCCCAGAGAGGACCCUACUCUUCCAGCAGGGGAUACUGAAGAUUAAAUUGCACCACUUGCCCUCUGGCCCAGUGCAACUAGAAGCAGCUAUCAAUGCAUUGUACAUUAGGUAUAACAUGAUACUCACUCUGCAUUAGGAGUGACAGCAUUUUAACGCCCACCAUGACCACCCCAGCCCUUCUCCCACUCACAGGGCGCCGGAUCCCGGCUCUGAAUCUUGGAACUUCAUCAUUUCCCCACCAUCGGGCCACCCUGAGACUCUCUGAGAAAUUCAUUCUGCUUCUUAUCCUCAGUGCCUUUAUCACCCUCUGUUUCGGGGCUUUCUUUUUUCUCCCCGACUCCUCCAAGCACAAACGCUUUGACCUGGGCCUGGAGGAUGUGCUUAUCCCCCAUAUAGAGUCUGAUAAAGGAGGCAAGAACUCUGGCAGCCUUCUCAUCCACGGACAAGGCCAUGACGGGCACCGACACAGGGAGGAGGAGGAGGAGCUGAGAAACAAGAUUCGAGCCGACCAUGAGCGGGCGCUAGAGGAGGCCAAAGAGAAGCUGAAGAAGUCACGGGAUGAGAUCCGUGCUGAGAUCCAGACAGAGAAAAGCAAGCUGGUUGAGGAGCUAAAGAAAAAGGAUAACCCACCCCUUCCACUUGUCCCAGUCCCCAACCUCCCAGAGAUAAAGAAUGGGGAUCCUGGGGACCCCGACAUCAGAGAGAAACGGGACAAAAUUAAAGAGAUGAUGAAGCAUGCCUGGGACAAUUACAAGCAGUAUGGCUGGGGCCACAAUGAGCUCAAACCCAUUGCCAGGAAGGGCCACUCCACAAAUAUAUUUGGAAAUUCCCAGAUGGGAGCCACAAUCGUGGAUGCCCUGGACACUCUGUACAUUAUGGGGCUCCUGGAUGAGUUCAGAGAUGGACAGGAAUGGGUGCAAAGUAAUCUGGAUUUCAGUGUGAAUGCAGAGGUGUCUGUGUUUGAGGUGAACAUCCGGUUCAUUGGCGGCUUGCUGGCAGCAUUCUACCUGUCUGGGCAAGAGGUAUUUAAGAACAAGGCAGUUCUGCUGGCAGAGAAGCUUCUCCCUGCGUUCAACACCCCAACUGGAAUCCCGUGGGCUAUGGUGAACCUCAAAACUGGUGUUGGCAGGAACUGGGGCUGGGCAUCGGCUGGGAGUAGUAUCCUGGCAGAGUUUGGCACCCUACACCUGGAGUUUGUGCAUCUUACCUACUUGACAGGGAACCCCGUUUAUUAUGACAAGGUUAUGCACAUUCGAAAGCUCCUGCAGAAAAUGGAUCGACCCAAUGGACUUUUCCCCAACUACUUGAAUCCUAGGACGGGGCGCUGGGGGCAGCACCAUACGUCGGUGGGAGGCUUGGGAGACAGUUUCUAUGAAUACCUGCUGAAGGCAUGGCUGGUAUCAGAUCGCAACGACCUAGAGGCUCGGCAUAUGUACGACAGCGCCAUUGAUGCCAUAGAGAGACACCUGAUCCGCAAGUCCAGUGGGGGUCUGACCUUUAUCGGCGAGUGGAAGAACGGCCACCUGGAAAGGAAGAUGGGUCACCUGACUUGCUUUGCGGGCGGCAUGCUGGCACUGGGUGCUGACGGCUCCCCUGGGGACAAGGCUGGCCACUACCUUCAGCUGGGGGCUGAGAUUGCCCAUACAUGCCACGAGUCUUAUGACAGGACGGUGCUAAAGCUGGGCCCAGAGGCCUUUAAGUUCGAUGGUGGUGCAGAGGCAGUAGCCAUGAGACAGAAUGAGAAGUAUUACAUCCUGAGGCCAGAGGUCAUUGAGACUUAUUGGUACAUGUGGCGCUUUACCCACGACCCAAAAUACCGGCAGUGGGGCUGGGAGGCUGCUCAGGCCAUUGAAAAGUACUGCAGGGUGAGUGGGGGAUUCUCUGGGAUCAAGGAUGUGUAUGCCUCGUCUCCAACCUACGAUGAUGUACAGCAGAGCUUCUUCCUGGCCGAGACCCUUAAGUACCUGUACCUCCUUUUCUCCAGUGACGACCUCCUGCCAUUAGAUAAUUGGGUGUUCAACACGGAGGCCCACCCUUUACCAGUCAUCCAUUUGGUGAACAGCACUCUACCUGGUAACCAUGUGGCACGAUAGGGACUGCCCCUGGCGGGGGCAAUGUAUUUGGGACCAUUACAGGCCUAAAGGGGCUUCUUAAACAAGACUUUGCAAUGAGAGUGAGACGGCCCUACCCCUGGGGCCCAAUUCCAUUUUCUUUCAUGUAACUGCACCCCUGUCUGCUGGCACAAUGACAAGCAGUGGGGGAGAUUUACUGACCAAACUGCCCUGCUUGUGGGAGGAGCCUGGCAAGUCCACACAGACCAAAAAGCCUGGAGAUUGGCUGGACUCAUUCGAGGAACUGGCGCCAACAUGAGGAGCGUCGUCCGUUUUUGUUAAAGCGACAUUCGGGAAUCAGAUUGAACUUAGUUCUUGGGGGUGGGGAGCAUCACUUUGUACCCCAACACAGUAACUGUCAGAAAACUGGUUAAAAACACAUUCAUUAUGUUUCCCUUGGAUUACUAAACCCACUAGGGCCCCUAGAAAACUAGCAAUUUGGAAAUCCGCCCCCUCCCCAUGGACACUGCACCCUGCUUUCAUUUUCUUAAGUUUGUGGUUCCUAGGGGCAUGAGCUAAAUACUGAGCAGGGGAUUAAAGAGACAAUGUACAGCCCUAA